AAAUUAGCAAGAACAAUAAAUGCAGACAAUACAAUAAUUGGAUUACCAAUUUCACCCAAUCCACAAAUUAAAAUCAAAUUCACCCAAUUUGCAGACGACUCUACAACAUACAACAUCAACUACGAACAACAACAACAAUCAAUCAAACAUUUCGAUAAUUUCUGCGCUUCAACAUCAUCAUCAUUAAAUUUUGACAAAAGUGCAAUAAUAGAAAUCAACCCCCACAAAAUCACUGAUAAACACAUAAUAAACAACAUUCCACAAUCAAAAAGAAUUCCAAUAACCAAAAAAGAUCAAUCAGAAAGAGUCCUUGGCUAUUUCUUUAAUCAUAAUGGUUUACAUAGGAAAUUACCAGAAACAAUGAAAACACUGAUCAAAUCAUUAGUACUAUGGAAAACUAGUGGCACAACAUUAAAAACAAAAACAACCAUCAUAAACACCUACUCACUAUCACCAAUAACAUAUUUAUCAUACCUUGAAGAAUUUACAAAAGAUGAAGAAAUUCAAAUUAAUAAAUUAAUCUCAUGGUUUAUGAAUUCUCCCGCAAAUUCUGAAUCACCAACUCUCAAUACCAAUUCCAUUGAAAACAACUCAUCAACCAUCCAUUCACGUGCAAAAAUACCUUUGAUGUGUUAUGAUAGAUCAUUAAAACCAUUAAAAGAAGGUGGUUGGGGUAUGUGGAAUAUACAACUACGACAAGUUGCUCAAAAGAUUUGGAUAUACAACAGAUUUUUACAAAUGCAUAAAUCUGCAAAUAAUUCAAUAUACAUGAUAAGUUGGAUGGAUCAAAUCAUCAACAAAUCAAUCUCUUCUCCAUACCUUAUAAAAAUCAAAAAAGAAUGGGAAAACUAUGCAACUCAAAUUGGACAUCUAAAAGAUAAAGUUCAAAUCCUACAACCAAUAUUAAUAAAAAAUCAAACCUCUCAAACAAACACAAAUAAUAUUCCACUACCACCAACACUCAAAGAAAUCUACUCGACAAUACUCAACAAUCACCAAUGUAAAUCAAAAGACUAUAUUGGCAAGAAAUAUUCAGAUCUACUUCUUACUUCGCACCAACAAUCAAUACAACUAUUAUGGAAAUACACACACGACCAACUAUUUGUCAAAAUUCAAAAAUUAAAAGAUCCAAAAGGCCGUGAUACAAUGCAAAGAUUCCAUGCUAGAUGUCUUCCGAUUAAUCAUCUACACAACAAAGUUUGCCCCAUUUGCAACAAUGAAAUGAAUAAUGAUCCCUAUGGUCAUUUGUUUUUCAAUUGUCAGCACACAAUCAACUUCAUAAACCACGACAAAUUAAAAUAUUUUAUAUAUAAAAAUUGCAAUGGAAACAAAAACUGGUCACUAACAAAAAACCAAACAACAAAAUUAUACACACUCAUUUAUAAACCACAAACAAACAACAAAGCAUUUAAACCAGAUCCAACUAUCAAUAUUAAUUUUGCAGAAAACGCACAAUAUAAAAAAUACAGGUUCAACUGGAAUUAUAUAAACACAAAUCUUGAUCUAGUCAGAACACACGCAUAUUGGAACAUAAUCUCAUUAGUUAUUCACCAAAUAUGGAUAUGGUUAUGCAAAUCAUUAUUUGACAUCAAUAUAACUCAAUCAAUUGAUAAUUGGAACAACCAAAUAAACAACACAACACUAGAUUAUGAUAUAUUAAAAUCAAAAUGGCACAAGCUAAUAAGAUUGGAAUAUUCAAGAACAUUAUCAAACUUUAACCAAUACUCAAUUAAAAACAACCUCACAAAAACUCAAAAAGAAACCCAAUGGUCCGAAACAAUCAAAAAAUUUAAAAAAGAAUGGAGCAUAAACACUAACGAACCAAUUCCAACAAUUACACCACCAAUUAAUUAU